AUGUUCUCUACGCUCUUCACCGUCGCCGCACUCCUUGCCGCCGCCACCGCCGCGCCGAACUCGGCCCCGGCUUCGACCUGCAGCACGGGUCCGAUUCAGUGCUGCAACACCGUCGAGAAGGCCAGCGACCCCGCUGCGGCGGGUAUCCUUGCGUCCAUCGGGGUCAUCGUCCAGGAUGUCGACGCGCUCGUCGGCCUGACGUGCUCGCCCAUCACCGUCAUCGGUGUUGGCUCUGGCGGCUCUUGCGAUGCCUCCGCCGUUUGCUGCGAGGACAACUCGCACGGCGGCCUGAUCUCCAUCGGCUGUGUCCCCGUCACGCUCUAA